AUGGGCCCCGCGGCGCGGCUGGCGCUGCUGCUGGCGUCGCUGCUGGCGGUCGGGUCCGGGAGCCCGGCGGUAGCUGCGGAGCGGGGGGACACGUUCUCGGCGCUGACCAGCGUGGCGCGCGCCCUGGGCCCCGAGCGCCAGCUGCUGGGGCUGCUGCGGCGCUACCUGCUCGGAGAAGAGGCGCGGCUGCGGGACCUAACCAGGUUCUAUGACAAGGUGCUUUCUCUGCAUGAGGAUUCAGCAACCCCUGUGGCUAAUCCUCUGCUUGCAUUUACUCUCAUCAAACGCCUGCAGUCUGACUGGAGGAAUGUGGUGCAUAGUCUGGAGGCCAGUGAAAACAUCCGGGCUCUGAAGGAUGGUUAUGAGAAGGUGGAGCAAGACCUUCCAGCCUUCGAGGACCUCGAGGGAGCGGCGAGGGCGCUGAUGCGGCUGCAGGAUGUGUACAUGCUCAACGUGAAAGGGCUUGCCAGGGGCGUCUUCCAGAGAGUCACUGGCUCUGCCGUCACUGAUGUGUACAGUCCCAGGCGGCUUUUCUCCCUCACAGCGGAUGACUGCUUCCAAGUUGGCAAGGUAGCUUAUGACACGGGGGAUUUCUACCAUGCUAUUCCAUGGCUGGAGGAGGCUGUCAGUCUCUUCCGAAGAUCUUAUGGAGAGUGGAACACAGAGGAUGAGGCAAGUCUAGAGGAUGCCUUGGAUCACUUGGCUUUUGCCUAUUUCCAGGUGGGAAACGUUUCCUACGCCCUCAAUCUCUCCCAAGAGUUUCUUCUCUACAGUCCAAAUAAUAAGAGGGUGGCCAGGAAUGUCUUGAAGUAUGAAAGGCUCUUGUCAGAGAGUCCCCAUCAGGCAGUAGCUGAGGCUGUCAUCCAGAGGCCCAAUGUACCCCACCUGCAGACCAGAGACACCUAUGAGGGAUUGUGUCAGACCCUGGGCUCCCAGCCCACUCACUUCCAGCUCUCUAGCCUCUACUGUUCCUAUGAGACCAAUUCCAGCCCCUACCUGCUGCUGCAGCCUGCCCGGAAGGAGGUCAUCCACCUGAAGCCUUAUGUUGUUCUCUACCAUGACUUUGUCAAUGACUUGGAGGCUCAGAAAAUUAGAGGACUCGCAGAACCAUGGCUACAGAGAUCAGUGGUAGCAUCGGGUGAAAAGCAGUUACAAGUGGAGUACCGCAUCAGCAAAAGCGCCUGGCUGAAGGACACCGUUGACCCCAUGCUGGUGACCCUUGACCACCGCAUUGCUGCCCUCACAGGCCUUGAUGUCCAUCCCCCCUACGCAGAGUAUCUCCAGGUGGUGAACUAUGGAAUUGGAGGACACUACGAGCCUCAUUUCGACCAUGCUACGUCUCCAAGCAGCCCCCUGUACAGAAUGAAGUCUGGAAACCGAGUUGCAACAUUUAUGAUCUAUCUGAGCUCCGUGGAAGCUGGAGGAGCCACAGCCUUCAUCUAUGCUAACUUUAGUGUGCCCGUGGUUAAGAAUGCAGCACUGUUUUGGUGGAACUUGCAUAGGAGUGGUGAAGGGGAUGAUGACACGCUUCAUGCUGGCUGUCCUGUUCUGGUGGGAGAUAAAUGGGUGGCCAACAAGUGGAUACAUGAGUACGGACAGGAAUUCCGCAGGCCCUGCAGCUCGAGCCCGGAAGACUAAACUGAUCGCAGAGAGGAGCUCAUGGAGUCCUGUGGCUUUCCAGAGAAGCCAGAAGUCAAAGACGAGGGUAGGACGGGAGAAAAGAGGGCAACCUUCUGGAAGAGGGCCUUGCUUUACCAGGGAGCACCUGAGAAUUUAAUUUGUUCUUCUUCAAGCCUUUAGAAUCCGAGUAGGAUGGACACUGCAAAGGAGGGGUUGAUGGAGGUUUGAGAGAAGUUUCUGGAACACAGUUACUCUCUUUGAGAAUGGGACAUAUUGACGGUCUCUGAGGUUUGGUCCUUGGGGCUUUUGCACUUUGAACCUUGAUCACAGGGGCCCAGAAUUGGCAACGAGGACACUGGCGGGAGGGGCUCGCCGCUGCCUGUGGCUGUAAGCCCACUCCCCACUGAUGCUGCUGAGGACCACGCAGGGUGUCUCAGUCUCAGGAUCUUGCCUCAAAGCAGAAGCCCCAUCAUAUGAUGAUUUUUAAAUACUGUCAUUAAAAAUGUUUA